AUGGGUUUUUGGGGAGUAACUAUGGAAGUAGGCAAAUUCACCGGUAAAGUAAUAGUGGCGGGUAUCGUAACAACGGCGGUAGUUACUGCAGCUGGUACGUCUGCCCCAAUAUUCGUUCCUUUGGUUGGAGUUGUGAUAUAUGCCGGCGGCAAGAUCGCCAAGUUAGCAAUCAAAGAUGAAGAGGAGGGAUUUGCUAAGGGUUUUGCUGAUUUUAUAAGCGAUAUCUAUCAAGAUGCGGGAAUUGGUGUGAUAACUGGUUGCUUGGGCUGGUCGAUUUCGAGUGAGCGGUGUUGA